UUUACCUACCAACUUAUCGACUUAACCUCAUUCAAAGGGGGCAAUUUAUUGACGGUUAAUGCAAACAACAGUGAACAUAUAAAAUAAAUUCCACUCAAUUUCAAUAAAAUGUCACAAGUAGAUGUUGGAUUUUUAGAAGAAUGUGUUCCUUGGCAAGUGGAGAGUAGGUUAUUUCCUAGUAAAGUGGGUGGAAAGCCUGCAUGGUUAGAUUUAAAGAAUUUACCAACUCCAGAGGAUUUGCAAUGUUCUGUAUGUUCUAAACAGAUGAUAUUUUUAUGCCAAAUUUAUGCACCAUAUGAAGAAGACGAAAAUAAUUUCCAUAGGACUUUAUUUAUAUUUGUAUGUAAAAAUAAAGAUUGCUGGCAGUAUAAUAAAAGUGACACUAUCAAAGUAUUUAGGAGUAAUUUAAGAAGAGCUAAUGAUUUCUAUCCACCAGAGUGUCCUGAAGAUAAACCUCAACCUGAAUUCAAUCCCCAAAAAUGGGUAGAACUUUGCAGUCUUUGUGGUUGUAAGGCAGAGAAACAUUGUAGUAAAUGUAAAAAGGCAGCAUACUGCUGUCGAGAGCAUCAAGUUAUACACUGGAAAGAAUUUCAUAAAAUUAGUUGUGGAAAAAAUGAGGAAGACCCUUAUGAGCAAUCUUCACUCUUAUUUUCCCAAUGGGAACUCGUUAUAGAGCCAGAGGAAGUGAAACAGAAAAAAGUUGAUAUACAAAAGGAACUUGAGUCAUAUGAACGAUUAAAGCAGCAGAAUAAGGUUGGAACAAUGGCUGAAGUUCCAGAAACAGAAUUACAUUCCUAUGCUGAAAAAGACCAGGAUAAAGAGUUCUUAAAUUUUCGUGAUAGAAUUAGUACUCAACCAGAUCAAGUUGUCAGAUAUGAAAGAGGUGGAAGUCCAUUAUACAUAGCUAAGGAUCCUAAACCAAAUUUAAUACCUGAAUGUGAAGUCUGUGGUGGACCUAGACAAUUUGAGUUUCAGAUUAUGCCCCAAAUGCUGUCAAUGCUUAAACAAUAUGACUUGGACUGGGGUGUUCUAUUGGUAUAUACUUGCAAAGCAAGUUGUACCAAGGAAGGGUAUAAAAGAGAAUUUAUAUUUAAGCAAGAUGUGUCGGGCAAUCUUAAAUAGUAGCACUUGUAAAUCUUUUUUUUUAAAUUGUACUAAGAAAAGGUAAAAGUUUAAAAUAAAAGAAUUUUUUCUUUUUUCGAAAAAGGCCAUUUUAUUUCCUCCAGCAAACAAAAUAAAAUAAUUUCUUUACAGUGCACCAUAAAUUAAGUACUUAAAUAUGUGGUGAUUAAAUUAAAUA